AUGCGGAGCGUGUGGGGCAUGCUCGUCGAGGUGGAGCCGCGGGACCACCUCGGCUACUCUAACGUCUCGGUGGCGGGCGCCGGCCGCUCGUGCUCACGCCUCGUCGGCGACGUCAAGUUCAAGGACACGCUCUCCUCCAGCCCGGAGGACGUCGGCCAGCGAGGCGCUUUCGUCGGCCUCGGCAACACCGAGCCCGGCACGAGCGCGGACGUCUUCGGCCUCGAGCAGCGCGGCGCUGUCGGGGACGGCGACUUCAGGCCGAGCGACGGCGGCGGCUAUGUGGCGUACAAGAAGGCGGACUACGCGCACGCCCUCUCGCGCUCGGACACCGACGUGCAGAUGUACCUGUUCGAAACCUUCGGCGGGUGGUGCAACGCGGUCAAGCGGCUGUUCUACCAGAUGAAGGACAAGGUGCGCAACAAGCUCUCGAAGCGGCAGCACGAGGACGAGGCGAGCUGGUCGACGCGGUCGUGGCUGUCGCUGCAGGCCCAGCGCAUGUCAGUCGCGCUGCAGCUCGCGGCGGCGGAAGAGAUUGCGACCGAGCUCAGGCUCGCCGCGGCGUCGGAGGACGCCGCCGGCUAUACCCUGAUACCCUCUUGA